AUGGCUGCAGCAUUAUCGGAAAGCACUGCUACCAACUCCUCGAGCCCCCACGGCAUCACCAAAGGCAGCAGUCUGACUAGCAAAAAGAGCCUGUUGCAAAGAGAAGAGCCAAGUAGUGCUAUACCGCCAGCACAGUUGAAUAAUAAGGGAAACGCAUCCCGGGUACCAACGGCGCUUAGCAAACCGUCAGGGGACAAGGAGACGAGUGCCGGGAUACUCAAAAAGUUCAAACGAUUUCUUGUGAAAAUAUCCAUCAACCUUACUCUCUUCUUCACGAAGCUACGAUUUAUUGCUGACCAGGUUCUGGAUUCCGACGAAAUAACGGGUGAGCUCUUCAACAGGACCGACUCCACCAGUGUGAACUCCUCGCUGUACGAACCAAGUAGGCCCUUUGCUGCCAUUCCAGAAGACAAAAUGGUUUAUGGCUCACAUGAGGGUAUGGUUGGUACCGAGAACCUCACAAAUGAUGAUUUGCUUAAUAUCAAUAUCCAAAGAGAGGCGGAGAGAUUACGGAGCCAACACCCAGAUACGCCCUUUACAUCUGGAGAUCGACUAUGGGAGCUGCAGAACAAGCAGUGGCUCAUCCCAGUUGCUGAAAACGCUACGAUUAACGGAAAGUUGAAGCUCCAGAAGAGAAUGCAAGAGAAGGAGCUUAAACACGUGGUGAUGCCCAAAGACUAUUCCAUCGUGUAUAAGAGUCUGGUGAUUGACAAUAAGCGGCUGAAGACCCCCAUGUGUCUUAAAGAUCUGCUUAAGGUGAUUGAGGCUGGAUGGCAUUGGAAUAAAGUUUGGGAGAAUGCUGGUCAGGGGGUUCAGUGA